AUGUCACCCCCGAGACGUCUAGCGGCGACCCGUGCAUGUGAUCCUUGCCGACGUCGAAAGGUCAAAUGCGAUACACUGGAGAUUUGUGCAAAUUGCCGAACAUCUGAAAUCGCAUGUCACUAUACGACAGUCCCUAAAAAGCGGGGACCCAAAAACGUCCAACGAUCCCCACUAGAAAGACGGAACACAGCGCCUACAUUGGACAAUGAUGUUCAUGGUUCGUUGUGGAUGGAUCCAAUUCAGAUUCGAGAUGUAAUGAAUUCACCCGCGGGGGAGUUAGAAGAAUUGGCAUCGCCCCCCCUUGGCUGGAAUAGAGGAAACAUCCGCAUCCCUGUCCGCACAGACCAUCAGGGAUCGCUUGUUGGACUCAAUGCACUCUGUGAUGCCCUCAAUGAUGCCAUUUGA